ACUAUAAAAUUUCUAAAUUUCAAAGUUUCAGGGUUUUAAAAUUCAGCACAAUGUGCUCACAGUAUUUUUGAAUACCUGCGCGGCGUCCAGGCAGGUGUCCCGUUUGCCCAGUGUUAAAAGCAGCCCUCCACACAUCACAAUAUGCUUCACGUGUUUCACACAUGAACACAUAUUAAGAAAAGUCAUGCUAACUUAUUUCUGACUACGUUCACGUUAUCAGUGAAUAGUACCACCAAAAUACAAUAUAGAUUUCAUAAUUUUUAUGUAUUAAUUGUUCUUUGUAUUAUUCAAUAAUUAUAUGCCAUAUAUUAUUUUAUUUACAUCCCAAAAUUCAUUUUUACAUUUGUCAUUAUGCAUUUCUUGAAUACGAAUUGGUUGUAAAUACAUCAUCAUACUUGACGUUGCAGUAACGUUGUAUAUAGUCAUAGUUGAUCACUUCGAUCUGUCAAUUGUCGAAUAAUCUCUAUUAUUCUCCCACGUCCUUACUGAGAGAUAUCAGUUUUCUUUAAUUGCGACAAGAACGACAAAAAUGUUUUCGAGUGGGCCAAAUGAUACUAAACUAAUAAAGACGCAUUUGUGUUUUGCGAUAAAUCGGUUAAAAUUACUUGAGAAAAAGAAAACUGAACUUUCUCAGAAAGCAAGGAAAGAAAUAGCCGAUUAUAUCGCCGCUAGAAAAGUUGAGAGAGCAAAGAUACGACUUGAACACAUCAUUAGAAAAGAUUACAUGGUCGAGGCUAUGAAAUUGCUCGAAAUGUAUUGCGAUCUCUUGUUGGCGCGUUUCGGACUCAUUCAACAAAUAAAAAAUUUAAAUGAAGGAUUAGCAGAAGCUAUUUCUACAAUAAUCUGGGCUGCUCCCAGAAUUCAGACCGAUGUUCAAGAAAUUAAAGUAAUUGCUGUUAUCUUAACUUCUAAAUAUGGUAAGCAAUACACAGGUGCUUGUAGAGAGGAAGCGGUACAAACUAUUUCUGAAAAAUUGAAGCUCAAAAUGAGUGUACAAUCACCAUCUAAGAUUCUCGAACAGAAGUAUCUUAUAAAGAUUGCAAAGAAUUAUAAUUUUGAAUUUGAGCCAGAUCCAGAGGUAAUGUCAGAUGUUGGAGGUGAAACUAGAAAUAAUUUGGACACAGCUUCUGGUGAUGGUAUUCUACAACCAGUUGGGUUUAUUGGUUUUCACCAACCUCCACUGUUACCUAAUCAAACUUAAUUGAUUCAGAAAAAGGACCUAUAGGAUUUGUAUAAUACCUCCAGAAAAUAAAGAUCAAAAUGUUUCUUAUAAUAUUCCUUUGGAUAAUUCUAACAGCAAUAAACCUUCUGAGCAGAAAUCGAAACCACAACCACGAUCAAAAAUGCCGAUGAAUGAUUUUCAGCUUCCAGAUCUACCAGUUCUGACGAUCGAGACUG